CGCGCGCACCUUCUCUCUUUUCCUGGCUCAUCGGAGCGGAGCCGGUGGCGCGGUCGCCCGCCGGGACCAUCUCUCCCCAUCUGGGCCUGCGGAGGCCGUUACAGGUUCAGAGUCGGAGGAUGAAGCUCCCAGGCUCACUCCCUGUUGCUGUCGCCCAAGUGUCACCUCUCUAGGAAGCCUUAGUCUCCCCAUCAUGGGACAAUGGGGAGAGUUCAGGUUUUAAAAGAUGGCGAAGUUCAUGACCCCCGUGAUCCAGGACAACCCCUCGGGCUGGGGUCCCUGUGCAGUUCCCGAGCAGUUUCGGGAUAUGCCGUACCAGCCGUUCAGCAAAGGAGACCGGCUGGGAAAGGUUGCAGACUGGACGGGUGCCACGUACCAAGAUAAGAGGUACACGAAUAAGUACUCCUCUCAGUUUGGUGGCGGAAGUCAGUAUGCUUAUUUCCACGAGGAGGAUGAAACUAGUUUCCAGCUGGUGGACACCGCGCGCACGCAGAAGACUGCCUACCAGCGGAAUCGGAUGCGGUUUGCACAGCGGAACCUCCGCAGAGACAAAGAUCGACGGAACAUGUUGCAGUUCAACCUGCAGACCCUCCCUAAGAGCGCCAAGCAGAAGGAGAGAGAACGCAUACGACUGCAGAAAAAAUUCCAGAAACAAUUUGGAGUGAGGCAAAAAUGGGACCAAAAAUCACAGAAACCCCGGGACUCUUCAGUUGAAGUUCGUAGUGACUGGGAGGUGAAAGAGGAAAUGGACUUUCCCCAGCUGAUGAAGAUGCGCUACUUGGAAGUCUCAGAGCCACAGGACAUCGAGUGUUGCGGGGCCCUGGAAUACUACGAUAAAGCCUUCGAUCGCAUCACCACAAGGAGUGAGAAGCCCCUGCGGAGCAUCAAGCGCAUCUUCCACACCGUCACCACCACAGACGACCCCGUCAUCCGAAAGCUGGCAAAGACUCAGGGGAACGUGUUUGCCACCGACGCCAUCCUGGCCACACUCAUGAGCUGUACUCGCUCCGUGUACUCCUGGGACAUCGUCGUCCAGAGAGUCGGCUCCAAGCUCUUCUUUGACAAAAGGGACAACUCUGACUUUGACCUGCUGACAGUGAGCGAGACGGCCAACGAGCCCCCUCAAGAUGAAGGUAAUUCCUUCAACUCACCCCGCAACCUGGCCAUGGAAGCAACGUACAUCAACCACAACUUCUCCCAGCAGUGCUUGAGGAUGGGCAAAGAAAGAUACAACUUCCCCAACCCAAACCCGUUUGUGGAGGACGACAUGGACAAGAAUGAAAUUGCCUCUGUUGCGUACCGCUAUCGCAGGUGGAAGCUUGGAGACGACAUCGACCUUAUCGUCCGCUGUGAGCAUGACGGUGUCAUGACUGGAGCCAAUGGCGAAGUGUCCUUCAUCAACAUCAAGACCCUCAACGAGUGGGAUUCCAGGCACUGUAACGGCGUUGACUGGCGUCAGAAGCUGGACUCUCAGAGGGGGGCUGUCAUCGCCACCGAGCUCAAGAACAACAGCUACAAGUUGGCCCGGUGGACCUGCUGUGCUUUGCUGGCCGGCUCUGAGUACCUCAAGCUUGGUUACGUCUCCCGGUACCAUGUGAAAGACUCCUCGCGCCACGUCAUCCUGGGCACCCAGCAGUUCAAGCCCAAUGAGUUUGCCAGCCAGAUCAACCUGAGCGUGGAGAACGCCUGGGGCAUCCUCCGCUGCGUCAUCGACAUCUGCAUGAAGCUGGAGGAGGGCAAGUACCUCAUCCUCAAGGACCCCAACAAGCAGGUCAUCCGAGUCUACAGCCUGCCCGACGGCACUUUCAGCUCCGAUGAGGACGAUGAGGAUGAAGAGGAGGAGGAGGAAGAAGAAGAAGAGGAAGAAGCUUAAACCAGACGGCGAGGGAGCUGGAGUGUAUAAUCCCACCAAGCCUGGAAAGGCCUUGGCUGUCCAGUGGAAUGUUUGUCUGAUUCUUGCUCUCUGAAGUUUGGUAGCUGGAAUAAAGUAUAAUUCUGUUUAGUCUCUUACCUUCA